GAGCACGACUCCUUUGUCUCUGUCUCUCAUGUCGAUCCCCUGUGCAGACUAAACAUUGAAAAAUGGUUGACGAAGUCCGCGAUUUGCUCAAGCGGCAACAUAACCCCGCACUUAGGCCGAGGAUGAUCUAUUGACAUAUGCGAACAGGGAGAGCGUUGGGCAUACAUGGCCAUACUCUUCACUUUAUUUUCUCUUCUUGGGACAGGUUGGCAGCGUCUUCGCGCGCGCCGGCACGUGUACUGUCGGUUUACGCGCAUUAUUGAUAUGAAUACGCGAAAGGCAGCCGCACACCUCACCAUCCUCCGAUCGUAGCACUGAUCGAUUCCCCAGGCCUUCCUUUUGAACCAGUAUUUAACAUACAGGUUUAUUUUUCCCCACCAGUCAGCCUCCGCUGCUCGCCCACCAUCCCGCCCGCUGUGCUUGUCCGCAUACUACCACUAUCACCUCACCUUAUACAACCCACAAACCAUUAUACAGUCUACUCUGCGCCCUUUGCGCUACUUCAGUCUUUACACCCUCCUAACCUCUCCUAGUGUCUAGCCCGCCCGCCCUCGGGCUCUAGCUCUAUUUCUCUCUUAACGGCCCUCGAUAUGUCCUCACCUUCGCUUCAGCGGGCGGCGUCUCUGUUCGUUUUGUCUCUAGUAGCAUCCACGCUUGGACAGUCUACAACGGCGUCCGCACCCGGGCAACCUUUUCGCGCCGAUGCUCCUGUAGGACAGUUCGACAUCGUAGGAGACAGCAUUGCCAGUGCUCAACAGAUUUGUGAUGGUGCGCUUACUGACCCGAACCUUUACCCAUUUUUGCAGAUCUUCCUUGGUACACCGAGCCGAGUAUACGUAAUUGACAAGACCGAGAACAACCCUACGCAGAUCAAGGGUCACCCAGCAUGGGCCGCCGAAUACGAUAUCAUUGCGAACAAGGGGCGGCCAAUGGACAUCGUGACUAAUUCAUUCUGUGCGGGUGGAAAUGUUCUUGGGAAUGGAACUUGGAUCAACGUUGGUGGUAAUCAAGGGGUUACGUAUGGUGGUAUUACGUCGAAAACACAAAAUGGUGGUGGCCCUUACGAUGACCCAGAUGGUGGACAGUCUGUCCGUUUGUUGGAUCCUUGUGAUGAUGGCAAUUGCGAUUGGAGACUCGUUGCGCCCACGACAACUAGGCGGUGGUAUCCGACUCUUGAGACCCUGGAAGAUGGAAGCGUCAUCGUUAUCGGUGGUUGCGAAUGGGGUGGUUUCGUUAACAGCGCACAGCAAAACAACCCGACCUACGAGUUCUUCCCUUUGCCCAAGGACAACCCCGAUCCCAUCCAGUCUCCUAUGCUCAGCAAUACUCUCCCGGCCAACCUCUUCCCACUGACGUGGCUCCUCCCCUCCGGAAAAGUCAUCAUGCAAGCGAACUGGGGUACUGCUAUGCUCGAUUACAAGAAUCGCAAAGAGUAUAAACUCCCCGACAUGAUUCACGCCGUUCGGACUUACCCUGCUAGUGCCGGAACGGCUAUGCUUCCAUUGACACCUGCGAAUAACUGGACCGCUACGAUUAUGUUCUGCGGUGGAUCUAACCUGCAAGACGAUCAGUGGAAGCCAAACUGGAACAUCCCCGCAUAUGCCGCUUCCAAAUCUUGUGUCUCCAUUACACCUGAUGUCUCAACGAACUACGUCGAGGAAGAUGAUCUUCCUGAGGGUCGGUCUAUGGGUAACAUGAUCCUUCUGCCUAAUGGAAAGAUCCUCAUGCUUAACGGUGCCGCGACCGGUGUGGCUGGUUAUGGCAACGAGUCUAUGGCGAUUGGACAGAGUUAUGCUGAUAAUCCAGUGUUGAUGCCUGUGGUGUAUGAUCCUAGUGCACCCAAGGGUCAGAAGUGGAACCGGGAUGGGCUGUCGGCAAGUAAGAUCCCGAGGAUGUAUCACUCGAGUGCUGUUUUGCUUCCUGAUGGCUCGGUGUUUGUCUCUGGUUCUAACCCUAAUGCGGACUACAACACUAACGUCAAAUUCGCCACCGAGUAUCGGGUCGAGCGGUUCUAUCCUUCGUACUUCAACAAGCGCAGGCCUCAACCUGAGGGUCUCCUCACGCAAUACGCUUACGGUGGCCCAUACUUCAAUGUCACUCUUUCGAAGGAUGACCUUUUUGGAAACUCGGAUAACCUCAAUAAUACUGAGGUGGUCAUUGUCCGGCCCGGAUUCUCUACGCACGCGAUGAACAUGGGCCAGAGGAUGAUCCAGCUGGAAAACUCGUACACGGGCAACAGCGAUGGCACAGCUGUGUUACAUGUCAGCCAACUUCCCCCCAACCCGGCCAUCUUCGCUCCAGGACCUGCACUGAUCUUCGUUGUGGUUGAUGGCGUACCCUCCAUUGGUAUCCAAGUAAUGAUCGGUUCUGGUCAACUUGGACCUCAGCCAACACUUGCCAUCGCUGCCCUGCCAGCUUCCGCAACCGCAACCACUGGUAAUAGCCACUCAACCGCUGGUGACGCUGGUGACGCUGGUUCUCGGAGUCAAGCAAGUUCUGCUCUGCGAACUCUGUCCGUUGGUUUCGACUCCUUGGCACAGGUGGUUUUGUUGCCGUUCCUUGCAGCAUGGUCCAUGGUUUCUUUGGCUAUUCUUUAAGUGGACUCUUUGAUUGCUGGACAUUUCUUUUUACUCCACGUUUACGACAUUUACGGACUCCUCAUUUGCACAUUUUAUGGACCCUCUUCAUGACAAUCUACCCCUCGGGCACUCUUGUAUCUUGGCAGCCCUCUAUACCUCAACAAACCCAUCAUCCCAUGAUAUUCUUGCCCACGAUCCUCCUUACACUUAUCCCAUCCCACAUCUUGCAAUAGUAGCUACUGUACAUCGGAAUAUACCGUCCCUUCCUUCACGAUAAAUUACUUCACCCUCUGUCUUUUUAGAUGCGUAAUAGCCUUACACUCUCACAGUGUAUAUUCCAACGCUUGUUGCAGAUAUCUUCUCCCCAACUUGUCUUGUUGCUUAUAGAUAGCCUGUUUGUACAUAGGAUACAAUAUUGAUAGAGUACGUAGUAAUCCUCUUCGUAUUCAACAUUUCC